GCGUCUCAUGGCUGGUCAUCUAGCAAUUCGCACCGUAGGCAUUGUCGGAGCCGGUCAAAUGGGCAUGGGCAUUGCCCUGACGGCCGCAUCUAGAGCUGCGUUGCCAGUCAAGGUGUUCGACAAAUCCUCUCAACAAAUCGAAGGAGGAUUAAAACUUGUUGCUUCUCUGUUAGCGAAAGACGUCCAUAAAGGAAGGAUCUCCACAGAUGAAAGCAAAGAUGUGCACUCGCGUAUCUCCGUUGUUUCUGCCUUGGACAAACUGAAGGAUUGCGACCUUGUAGUCGAGGCAGCCGCAGAGAAUCUGCUAGUCAAACAGAGCAUUUUUUCGGCACUGUCACAGAUCUGUGCGCCAUCUUCGGUUCUCGCCACGAACACUUCCUCCAUUUCCAUUACAAAGAUCGCUGCCUCUGUUGCCCGACCCGAGAUGGUGGUCGGAUUACAUUUCUUCAAUCCAGUUCCCGUAAUGAAAUUGGUCGAGUUAAUUGCAGGCCUGCAAACAAGCCCCAGCACGCUCAGCAGGGCACAAAGCUUUGCAGAAGCUUGCGGAAAAGAGGUUACUCAGUCAGCUGACGUACCGGGAUUUGUGUCAAAUGCGUUGUUGAUGCCGUUCCUGAAUGAGGCGAUCAUGUGCCUAGAAAAGGGUGUUGCAACAAAGGAGGACAUUGACAAGACUCUAAGACUUGGGAUGGCUCACCCAAUGGGACCUCUGCAAUUGGCUGACUUCAUUGGGUUGGAUACUUGCUUGGCCAUACAACAGACUUUGCACAGAGAAACGGGGGACGAUAAAUACCGACCUAGCGUACUCCUUGGUCGCAUGGUUGAUGCGGGAUGGGUGGGUCGCAAGGCAGGCAAAGGCUUCUACGAGUAUUAGAAGGCAGAUAGGGAUACGUAUAAGCGCAUCCGGUGGUUAACUCCCGCUUCUUCCUAUCUCUGGUGUGAACUUAAUCCGGGCCUCUUGGAUGAUGGUUCC